CCGAGCAGGUCCCGCGGCGGCGCCAGCGCCCGGCCGGCCACGUCGGCGGCGAUGGGGCGGGCGGCGGCCCUGGUGGCCGAGGGUCACAGAGCUGCUGCCUCCCUUCCAGAGGCUCAUCCAGCCGGAGGAGAUGUGGCUGUACCGGAAUCCGCACGUGGAGGCGGAGUAUCUCCCCAGCAGGCCGAUGUUUGUCAUCGCAUUUGUCACCCCACUGUCUCUGAUCUUCCUGGCCAGAUUUCUCAAGAAGGCGGACCCCACGGACAGCAGGCAGGCCUGCCUGGCUGCCAGCCUUGCCCUGGCUCUGAACGGUGUCUUUACCAACACAAUAAAACUGAUAGUAGGGAGGCCACGCCCAGAUUUCUUCUACCGCUGCUUCCCUGACGGGCUAGCUCAUUCUGACUUGACGUGCACGGGGGAUAAGGAUGUGGUGAAUGAAGGCAGAAAAAGCUUCCCUAGUGGACAUUCUUCCUUUGCAUUUGCUGGUCUGGCCUUUGCUUCCUUCUAUGUGGCAGGGAAGUUACAUUGCUUUACACCACAAGGCCGUGGGAAGUCUUGGAGGUUCUGUGCCUUUCUGUCACCUCUACUUCUUGCAGCUGUGAUUGCACUGUCCCGCACCUGUGACUACAGGCAUCACUGGCAAGAUGUCCUGGUUGGAUCCCUGAUUGGAAUGACGUUUGCCUAUGUCUGCUACAGGCAGUAUUACCCUCCUCUGACUGACGCAGAAUGCCACAGACCACUUCAGGACAAAUUUGCACUUCCCACCACACAGAAGCAGCCUGGUGAUUCUUGGUGUUUUGAUAUUUAACAAUUGACUCGACCUCAGUGGAGAACAGGUGAAUCAGCCCUCUCAACUGGAACGUGCACAAGACAAGAAAUUCUGGCCUUUUUACCCCUUCCAAGGUACGAGUGAAGCCACAACCACACUGUGUUCUGUCUCCAGGCGAGCACACAGGGUUCGCCCUGCUCCCGAGGAUCUGCCCUGAGGAGUCAAGUCCUUUCCUCUGCUGUGUGCCACACGUUCUGGUAAAGGGACUGCCAGUCGUCCGCUAAGAGCUUAGGAGUCUGGUCCAUCAGAGCCCUAUCCCAAGAUCAACAGCAUUUUUACACUUAAUUUAAAUGCCACUCUUGUCACAAAGAAGCCUUUACAUAACCCCAUUUUAUCCUACAAGCUAGAGUUAGUUAUCAAAACUUAAUUUCCAUUUCCCAUAGCUCAAAAUCUUAAAAUCUUAUAGGGCACGACCAACUUAGUUACUUUUCAUCUGGUUUACUUUGUCUGGUGACAAUUCCAUCAAGCCUUAAAUAGGAAAAUGUCCAAUUUGAGGUAACUUGUCACUGUUACACAUAUCUUAUCUGAGUCCAGCCAUCUGGUAUGUUGUCCGUUCUGGACACUGUGGACACAAACAGUAAAGAAAAUGGUCAUCCCCAACAAAUUAUUGUUUCUACCUCAUGCGUCCUUAAUUGUGCUCUGAGCUUCUUUCCUUCCAUUCCUGACUGAAGAUCUACCCGAUGUAUCAGCUGUGCCAACUGACAGGCAGGAAAGAAAAAUUACAGAUAUCACUAUCGGAAGGACAGAUGAAUCUUUUUCUGUCCCUUCUUCACAAAAGGAUAUAAGGAACAAUUAUAGGCUGUCAUCAGAACUGAUACUAUAGGACCUACAGCUAGCUACCUUUCUCUCUGGGGCGAUUAUACUUUAAAUAUGACCUUGUCUUAUGUAUAUCUUCCUAAGACAUUUUCAGUGCAUCUUUUUCCUUCAGUAAACCUGAUAUUCAAAUAAAA